AUGAUCGAAGCGAAGGGUGAUGUCGCCAACGUUGAUUUCUUGAAAAAGGUGUUCCGCGAGUCGUCGCCGACCAUUGCUGGAGUUAUACAGGGAGCUAUGAUCCUUCGGGACAAGCCGUACGAGUCCAUGACGCUGGAAGAGUACCAGACCGCCAUCUACGGCAAGAUCCAGGGCACUUGGACUCUACACAAUGUCUCUCUCGAACGCAAGCAGCCACUUGACUUUUUCACCAUGCUUUCCAGUAUUUCUGGAAUUGUUGGCAAAAAGGGGCAAUCCAAUUACUCCGCUGCAAACACUUUCCUCGAUGCGUUUGCCACCUAUCGCCAGUCCCUUGGACUACCAGCUAACGCGGUCGACCUUGGACUGAUUGAAGACGUCGGAUAUGUCGCUGAACAGGGUGAGCGCACACUACGCCAGAUACUUGAUAUUUCCAUCCUACAGCAAACUUCGUCCCCGAUCAACGCGUUGAGUAGUGCUCAGUUGAUCACUGGUAUCGGAUUCCCACUACCCAACGACUCGGAUCUUAUACGAGAGGCAAGAUUCGGUUACCAUUUUGGACAGAGCGCAGCUGGUGGAUCGGGAGGCAAGGAUGGUGCAAACAACGGCGACCGGACUAUUCGUGCCUUCUUAGUGAUGCACAAAUCUGGGGCGGAUGAAUCCGCUCUUGUAAAAUUGGCCAUGGAGCUGAUGGCUGCUCAAUUCACCAAGAUUCUUCGCCUUGAGACUGAGAUGGAGCCUGCGAAGCCUCUUAUGGCCUACGGUUUGGACUCAUUGGCUGCAGUUGAGUUAAGGAACUGGGUGCGCUCUGAGCUGGAGGCUGAUCUCAGGACCCUCGACAUCACCAACGCCAGCUCCUUGAUUGCACUGUGUGAAAAGCCCAUUUCGAAAUUGCCACAACCUGAAGCUGCGACUGCUUAG